UGCAGUGCAGAUGCACGAGCAGUUGGGGCAGGGUUUCUUUUCCUUUUGUGUGUUGAACAUACAGCAGCUAUCAUCGUCACUGUCAACUUUUUAAUACACAAAACGUGGAGAAGUGCAGAGAUGUUCCUGUCAUGCCUGAGAGGGGUCAUAAGUUAUUAAUGGCUUUGUCAUCGCAAAGGAAGCAAUCGUUCGGUGAAACCGUCACCAGAAAAACUAUGUGUCGAUCAGGCACCAGAACGAUGGCCUCGCAGGAGCAGGUUUGGCCAGUCCCAAUGAAGGCAAUUGGAGCACAAAACCUUUUGACAAUGCCUGGAGGAGUGACCAAAUCAGGGUAUCUUCAUAAAAAGGGAGGCACCCAGCUGCAGAUCUUGAAGUGGCCAUUGAGAUUUGUGAUUAUCCAUGAGGGAUGUAUUUACUACUUUAAGAGCAGCACAUCUGCAUCUCCACAGGGUGCAUUUUCUUUGAAUGGUUACAACAGGGUUAUGCGGGCAGCUGAGGAGACGACAUCAAGCAAUGUGUUUCCUUUCAAGUUAGUUCAUAUUAGCAAGAAGCACAGGACGUGGUUUUUUUCAGCUUCUUCUGAAGAUGAAAGAAAGAAUUGGAUGCUAUCCUUGAGGAAGGAAAUUGAUCACUACCAUGAGAAGAAAGAAACAAUUACAGAAUUCAGUGACUCUGGUUCUGACGCAGACAGUUUCUAUGGCUCUGUUGAACGUCCCAUUGAUAUCAAGUAUUCUCAUCAUUCAGCAGAUAACGAAGAUUAUGACCAGGAGGAAGAGGAUGAGUCUUACCUGCAGCCAGAUACUUCUGACCUAGUGAAAGAUGACAUGGUCUUGCCCCCAGCCUACCCUCCUCCUCCAGUUCCUCAUGUCAGAAAAUCUGCCUACUCGGAAUCCAGGGCAAAUUCCUUUGCUGGCAAAUCUAGCAUGCCACUACCACCACCACCUCCUAAAAGAAGCUUACCUGACAUCAAACUAGAGGAUUUCUCAAAUGUGAGAGAGCUCCAGUCACAGUGCCGACCGGAGCCUAACCUAAAGAUUCAACCCUCGAGCCGGAGACUAAGUGAACAGCUGCCUCCUGUGCCCCCUCUACCUCCUUUCAAAAAGCCUACAUGUGUCAAAGAAUCUUGCUCGUUGCCUCCAGAGCCUCUGCCUCUAGCUCAGGCUCUCGCUACUCCAGAAGGAUGCGAGAAACUAAAAACCUUAAACCUUUCACCACGAACUCCUCCUGCACUGCCAAGCAAUAAACCCAAGCUUUCACAGUUUGCUGAAAAACCAGUAGAGCCCAAAGUGCCAAGAGAACAUGGUAAACCUGGACUGUUUGUACCACCAGUGCUCCCAAAGCCACCUGUGCCAAGCCACCAGCCCCCUGCAGUCAAACCUAGACCUGAGAAGUCUUCGUGUCCCCAGUUACAGAGAUCACCACCGGAUGGACAGAGUUUUAGAAGCUUCUCAUUUGAAAAACCAGCAGUGCCCUCCAAGCCAAAUCAACCCGAUGACGAUUCUGAUGAUGACUAUGAAAAAGUUGGGCUGCCUGCUUCCAUAUUUCUUAAUACCUCUGAAUCCUUUGAAGUUGAAAGGAUAUUUAAAGCUAGUAGCCCACGGGGACAACCACAAAAUGGAUUGUACUGUAUUAGGAACUCAUCUACUAAGGCUGGAAAGGUAUUGGUUGUAUGGGAUGAAUCUGCAGAAAAAGUGAGAAACUACAGAAUCUUUGAAAAGGAUUGCAAAUUUUACCUGGAUUCAGACAUCAUGUUUUUGAACAUGGGAAGUUUGGUCGAAUACUACAGCACUCACAUCUUACCUAGUCAUGACAGCUUGAUUCUUCGGUGUCCUUAUGGUUACUCUAAACCAAGGUGACAUGAUUGGCACAAUUCACUGACACUUAGGACAAGUGUGUUCCUACUGCCCUUCAAUUCAACGUGGACUGGUGCCACUGCCGGACAUCAUGUUGUUUGCACACAGAAAGUGAGAAUAAAUCUCAUGUGACUUGUAUGCAGAGGCCAUUUAAUGAACUCCAGGUAAAACCUUACAAUCCAGAUCAGUGGAUUUUAUGGUCUCUUCUUUUAAAAAGAUCUGAACGGAUUAUGCUGUGAAAGCUUUCUGUGAUACCUACACCUUUUAUCAAACUGCUGCUAUGAUUAAUCUCCUGGGAAUGUAGAAGAUGGACACGAACAAAGUGGUCUGAAUACAACCAGUACAGAAACAGGAAGCUUCUGCUGGUGUAUCAGAAGUCACUUGUGACAGGGAAUACUAAUACUCUGACUUCAGGGUAUCGCUCCUUAAGUCAGCCCUGGUGCUUAACUGAGAGGUUUUGUGUGACUUGUAUAGUUGUCUUGUAAAUAACAAAUACUUCUGUGCAAAUAAUCUGGUUUACUGCAGGCAAAGAUGAUUGGGCCAUGUGGCUUUUUUUAAAAGCUCUGUCAUAUGUAAAUGUAACUUCUGAUUAACGUCUCCGGUAAUCAAUAUCGGGGUACUAUCCAACCGAUACACUUGUGGCACCCCACACAUUCCUGAAUGAUGUGCACUCCCCAUGGGUAUGGAAUAACUGACCUUGCUUCCUUGGGAGCCCCACUCCUUAGCUCUCAGCUGGAAGGGGAGGCGCCACUAGUGCUUUCAAUAGGUAUGAGAAGAGAGAAGGGGGAAGGAAGGGGAGUCUUCUGAAUAUCCGAAAUUCUGACUAACAGUUUUCUCUGAUAUUGUUGUCAUCAAAAAAGGUUCUUUAAAACAAAAUAGCAUAAAAAUGAAACCAUGAGUGUGGUGCUCCUGUCGCUCCAUAAAUCCUUGUGAUCUCUGAGGGUCUGCUUGCCAGCCCGCUGCAUUCAAUUCUGGGGCAAAACCGCACUGCCCCGGUCUACUUCUUGCAGUUCAACAAGAAUUUUUCCAUUGUUAAAAUCUCUACUCCCUUUGUAGUUGCGUGCAAAAUAGAAUCUGGUUUUUAAUGCACUAUGAGCACUAUCAGACUAUGAUUGGCAUUAGUACGGUGCUUGUAAUAUUUGUUCCCUAAUAUUUUGGGGGAACCAAGGGCUUGAUAUUUAUGCCAAAAUUACCCUAUUCCUGAAUUUUACUAUAGAAAUUUAUUUUAAUGAUGUGUUAAGUAACUUUGUUGAUUCAGAAGUACUGUUAUAAAAUGGUCUCCUAUCUCUAAUAAUGUUUACAAGACUUGUAAUAAUAUUUUUUUUCUAAAAAAUCAUAAAAUCAUAGGAUGGUUUGGGUUGGAAGGGACCUGCCACGAGGGCUGGAAAAUAAUCCUGUCACUCCUGAAAUGCGAGCAGGUUUCUAUCAGCCCAAACCUGCAUCCAUCAACUUUGUUUUUCUGUUACCUUUUCAGAGUUUAUACAUGUCAGUUCUUAUCUUGUUACAGUUGGGUGGUCACAACUUUACAGACAUUAACAAAACCACUACAGAAAAAGGAUCUUCUGUAAACCAGGAUUUAACCCCUAAGGGAUUUUCCUUAAUAAAGAGAUGUACUAUUAGGACUAAACAGGAAUCAAGGCAAGAAAUGCACAAUGUCAGUCAUUUGAUCUCUGUUCUCUCUUAAAAAGCUUUUAAAGUAAAGAAUGUGCAGCACUUCAACUGAAUCAGAAAUCUUAUAUUUCAGUAAGCAUCCCCGUGUCUCAUGCGCCGACACGAUCCCCUCUGUGGGGAAGGCUCAGCCAAUGAGGCAUUUAAAAAAUAUUUCUGGCAAAUAAGCAGAUGCGUGUCAGAGCAAGUUCUAAUUUCUUGUGGUAUUUGCACGUACUGUUUACAUGGUUUAUUUUUCUCUUUCUGGGAAUAAUUGGUGUCGCUGUGUCCUGACAGUCCCCUUACAGGGUGCUGCCUUUGGGGCAGAGACUCCGAUUUUUUUUGCAACCAUGUACUCCUAAUAUUUUUUGAACCGUAAAAAUACUUACAUAAUCCAAUAUCUAAAAGACAACGCUGUCUUCACCUGUGUAAUACAAGAUUUGCAAAUAUGUAAAUUUGUGUUAAUUUCUUUUUUUAUAUAAAUGUAUAUAUUUCUGAAGUGGAUAAACUUUCAAUACAAGUUUGCCU